AUGUCGGACAGUGAAGCAGCAGACAGCCUCCGCAAGAUCCUCGCCAAGAGCACCCCGAAGGCGCCAAAGCCCAAGUCCUCCCAGCCCCUAGGUACUACUACCGCACCUCCGGCAGCUACAACACCAGCCACACCUCUACAAACUCGCCAUGCAGCACCAACCUUCCACUUCCCCACUGUCAACGUACCAGGAAGCUCACCAAAAUCAGCUACAGGAAGCGCCUCUUCAGGCCCCCGCAAGUCUGUCUUCAGCAGCAAAACCACAUCGUCGGCUCCAAAGCCAAACCAGAGCAGCCGCAAGAAGGAGCAAGCUGCUGCGCCGGAGACUACUACUAGUAGUUCCACGGUUUCGCUUCAUUCCAUCAUUGACACUGAGCAGGACGUCGCUCCGAAAGAAGAAAAGGCUGACAAGAAGACCAGCAUGGCGGGCUCGAGGUGGUGGACCAGGGGUGGUGGAUGA